AUGGGAAACCAAACAUCACCCAUGGAAUUUAUUCUUAGUGACAUCUCUGAAAUCCCUUCUAUUCAGAUACCAUUAUCUAUAAUAUUUCUGACUGUCUAUAUCAUAGCACUCAUGGGGAAUUGGGUUUUAAUAGUUAUUAUAUAUAUACAUCCUUUUCUUCAAACCCCUAUGUACUUUUUUAUUUCAAAUCUAGGAUGCUUGGACAUAUUUUAUAUAUCUACCACAGUGCCUAAAAUGUUGGUCAAUUCUUUAACUUGUUGGAAAACUAUUUCAUUUGGAGGUUGUGUGACCCAGCUAUAUUUUUAUCUUGUAAUGGCAGCCACAGAGUCUACACUCCUCUCCACCAUGGCUUUUGACAGAUAUAUGGCUAUUUGCAACCCUUUAAGAUAUUCUGCUAUCAUGAAUAACAAAUUGUGUUUGCAGCUAGCCUUAAGUUCCUGGCUCACUGGCUUUUGUUAUUCUGCUAUACACACGGCUACCACUUUCAGAUUAGACUUCUGCAGAUCCAAUGUCAUCAAUCAUUUCUUUUGUGACAUUUUACCCCUUCUAACUAUUUCGUGUACUGAUACUAACAUUAAUAUGAUUGUGGUCUAUGUUGUGGGUGGAUUAUUAGUGUCAGUUUGUUUCCCACUAAUUAUAAUAUCUUAUAUCUAUAUAAUCAAAACCAUACUUAAAAUACCAUCAGCUUUAGGGCGCAGAAAAACAUUCUCUACAUGUGUCUCCCACCUCUCAUCAGUUUACUUGUUUUAUUUUAGUGGGAGUUUUGCUUAUUUUCGUCCUCCUUCCUCCAAUUCAUUAUAUCAUAAUAAAAUUAAUGCUGUGUUCUAUACUAUAUUACCACCUAUGUUAAAUCCUCUAAUAUACAGUCUUCGAAACAAAGAGCUAAAAAGGGCAAUUAAAAGGGCAUCAGGGACCAUU